AUGGAUUCUGUUAAUACUAAAUUCUCGAGUUCUGACGAAGAAUCGAUAGCUCAAGAAAUCCAUGCAGUUGAGGAAACACGCUUCAGUCGUCAAAAAUCAAAAUCUUGUAUAUCAAGAUCGACAGUAAAAAAUCGCACUGCCAUAAUUGAUGAAAGAGUGGGCAGUUAUCUAUCAAUAGACGCUCCGAAUGCAUUAAUAGAAGAGAUUCCUAUGUCGGGCCAAGAAAAGGACAUUGUCUAUUCAGCCAUAAAUAAAAACUUUUUAUUCAGAAAUUUACCUGAAGAAAGCUACAAUUUAUUUUUUUCACAAAUGAAAAAAUAUACAUUAGACGCUUUAGAAAUAGUUUUUGAGCAAAGUCACCCUGGAAGAAAUUUCUUUAUUAUAACAUCAGGGAGAAUAGAGGUUUUAAGCAACCAAAAACAAGUAAAUAUUUUAACAGUAGGAGAUAGCUUUGGAGAAUUGGCAUUGCUUCAUGAUUCUUUACGCUCAGCUAGUGUAAAAACCCUAGAAAGAGUUACCAUGUGAAGUCUGGAACGAAAUGUUUUCAGGAAAAUUGUUAAAAUCAUAAAUGAUCAAAAUUAUGAAGAAAAUUUACAAUUUAUUGAGACUAUCCCUAUUUUCCAAACUUUAACAAAACUUCAAAUUGAAGCUUUAGCCUACUCACUCUCAUCAAUGACUUUUAAAGCUGGUGAAAAAAUUGUUAAUGAAGGCGAUUUAGGAGACUUAUUCUAUAUAAUAAAAGAUGGAAGUGUUUAUUGUUUAGAAGAAGGAAGGGAAAUUAAGAUUAUGGCCAAAGGCGAAUUUUUUGGAGAGCAAGCAUUAAUUUAUAAUAAUGAAAGAACUGCAAGCAUCGUAGCUAUAGACAAUGUAAAAUGCGUAGGGAUUGGAAGAGAAAAACUGUCAAAAGUUCUUGGGAAUCAUUUAGAGCAUAUAAUUUACCAAAAUUCCAUUAUGAUCGCACUAGAGCGUAGCAGCAUUCUAAGACUGCUUAAAAAAGAUCAACUAUUAAGAAUUGCAGAUGCUAUUCACAUUUCUAAAUGCUUACCAGGAGAAAUAAUAAUUCCAAAAAACACUAGGAAAGGGCUUUUCAUUUUUAUAGUCCUGAAUGGCUCCUUAAUAGAUGAAAACGGAUCUAUUAUUGCAAAAAAGUUUUGCAUUAUAGGGGACAAAGAAAUUAGACUCUCAGAGCAAGAAAAUAUUAAUGAGGAUAUUAUUUCUUCUAAUGAUUUGAUAAUAGGUACUAUUUCUAAACAAGAGUUCGAAGAUUGCAUUGGUGGCCCGCUUGACCAAGUAUUAAUAAUGAAUGAAGCAACUUCAUGCCUUAAACGUGUUAAUAUAUUCAGAUGUCUAUCUGAUGAUAAACUCCAAUUACUUGUAAGAGAGUUAAGUGUACAAGAAUAUUUUCACCAAGAAAUAAUAGUUGAGCAAAACAGCUCGGGAGACUCAAUAUUUAUAAUAAGAUCAGGGACUGUUGAUGUCUUUAAAGACGGAGUAAGAACAAGAUCAAUCACACUUUAUGAUUAUUUUGGGGAAAGAAGCGUUCUAUUUGAUGAAGUAAGGACGGCUACUGUAAUCGCAAAUGGACCAGUGUCAUGCUGAGUUUUAUCAAAAGAAAGCUUUCUUACUCACCCCUUCAAAUUGGAACAAAGCAUCAGUAAAUUUGCAUUUUUUGGGUGGAAAAAAUUUGCUUUUCAAUAGGAAAAUUUUAAUGUGAUAAUAAAUAAUUUUAUAAAUUAGUUUUGACCUAAUUUAAUAGGCAAAAAGCAAUUAGAAUAUUAUUUAAACAGUUCUCACACUAAAUCGAUUAAUUUUUUUAUUUAAUUCUUUAUAAAAAAUAAAAUAAAAUUUAAAGUAUUGUGCUGAAAUAUAUUUUUUUAAAAUUUUAAAAAAUACUUUUUAUAAAAACAACCAAAGGUGAAAAUACUAAUUUUUAUAAAAUUAGUUUUGACCUAAUUUAAUUGAAAAAAUGCAAAUAAAAUGCUAUUUAAACAGUUUUUACGCUGAAUCGGUUAAUUUUUUAAUUAUCUCUUCAUAAAGAUAAAUUAAAAGUCAAGCAUUGUGCCAAUUAAUUCCUAUAGAAAAAAAUUUAAAUAUAAUUUUAAAGAAAAAAAAUUGACCCCUAUUUAAAUUGGAACGGGAUUUUGUGUGCUAAUUUAAAGAAGAGGGGAGUUAACGUAAUUGAUGCGAUGAUAAGAGAGCAGUUGGUAAAGCGAAUUGAGCUUCAAGAUAAUAACAUUUCACUAUCAGAACUAGCAAUAGUAAAAUUGCUUGGCAGAGGAAGAUUUGGGAUUGUUCAUCUUGUGGUUCAUAAAGAUAAUAAGCGGCUAUAUAUGCUAAAAAGCAUCAACAGGAAAAAAAUUGAAGAAUAUCAUAUACAAGAGAAUUUGAUAUUAGAAAGAAAUAUUUUACUUCAAAUGGACCACCCAAAUGUUAUAAAGCUAGUCAAAACCUUUAAAGAUAUUAAAAGGAUUUACUUCUUAAUGGAAUAUGUCAGAGGAAUGGAUUUCUUCGACGUGAUCAGAAGAAUGAAUGAAGUAACAGAACAAAAUUCUCAAUUUUUUGUUGCUUCUUUAUUGACAAAUUUAGAAUAUAUCCAUGAAAGAAGCAUUGUCUAUCGAGAUUUAAGACCAGAAAAUAUUAUGAUUGACGAAGAUGGAUAUAUAGCUUAGAACCACUUUUCGUGCGCCCUCUCGUUGAAUCUUUCUUGGCAAACUUGAGAAUUCGCUAUUCACCUAGAAAUGAUGAGCCAACUCCAAGUUUGCAAAUCCUGAGAUAAGGAUCCGGUUCGUCAAAUUCGAGUUAGAUCGCCACUUCUAGCGAUUUUUAAGGUCUCAAGGCUGCAAAAAAGACUCAGCGUGAGGGCACAUCAAAAGAGUACCUAUGCUAUACGAAGUUAACAAACUUCGGCCUAGCGAAGAUUUUAAACGGGAGGACUUAUUCAAUUGUAGGUGCUCCACACUAUAUUGCUCCAGAAGUGAUCGUGGGGAAAGGAUAUUCUUAUGCUGUAGAUAUAUGAAGUUUAGGGAUUAUUUUAUAUGAAUUAAUAUGUGGAGGUGUUCCGUUUGGUGACAGCGAAGACGACCCUUAUUGCAUAUAUGAAGCAGUUUUACAAAGGAACCUGACUUUUCCGAAUUUCAUAAGUAACCGCACAGCUGAAAAAGCUGUCAUCGCUCAGUUGCUAUCUGAAGAUCCCCUUGCUAGAACUGGGGGAAGCAUAGAAAAGCUAAAGCAGCAUUCUUGGUUUAAUAACUUUUCAUGAGACGACCUAAUGAAUCGCAAACUUGAAGUGCCAUUCAAACCCAAAGUCCUAGACCUUUCCCGAGAAAUAAAUAAAUCCUUAAUGAGAAAUUCGGAAAUCGAUAACAUCAUAACUAUUGAAGAAGAAAAAGCAAGACCAACCAAAUUAAAAUGCAGGAAAAAGAAAGAUGCUCAAGUUAAUUGGGACAUCGAAUUCUAA